AACAUGAAAUAUGGACCUAACCCAACCUUCAAUCUCGUUUAUUUGCAACCAUCUGUCAUGUUUAUUCUUCGAAUAAAAAAUGCUGUCUUCGAAAAAGAAUGAAGAAAAGCCUGUAAUGAGAUGCAUCAAGUUCUGUCAUGAACAUCCGAUUUUGGCAGCGGUACUCUGGGAAUUGGCUGGAAAUUUAAAUAUUGAAAUCAAUUAGAAUCAUGAAUACGGAAUACGACGAGGAUCUGUCGGAGAAUCGAUUCCUGCAGGAGCUCAGGAACGAAUAUGAAGCUACACUUCAGCGGGUUAUCCAGGAAGGCUGGAUCGUUUGCGUUCCACGGUCCGGAAGCUUCUCCGGUCAUGAAUUGCGAGAGGACGAAAUUAAGGCCCACAUUUUGAUCCCCAAGCAGGACUUCUCCACUACUCGAUUUGACAGUUUGAAUGGCAGGGAAGUUCUGCUCGUUGACAGAGUCUUGACUGUCAAGUGCGAUGACGUCGAGCAGUACUCCACGCGUUUGCUCUUCGAGGAAAUCUUUUACAGGGAGAAUUUGCAUAAAUAUAUUGUAUGGUGCAUAGAACAACCCUUGGAUGCUAAUAUGUGUGUCUCUGACAACUGUGUGAAUAUAAUCACGAAUCUCCAGGAAGCUGUAAAUUUUCUCCAAGUGGAACUGCUCGAUAAACAGCUUCACGAAAACUUGGAAACCAAAAUCAAAGACUUCUUACAUGUCAACAAAGAUUUAGAGCACAAAUCGAUGCAAAUUCAGAGAGAUUUAGUUCACGAAUUAUAUACAAAUUGUUUAAAAAUGCUAUUGGAAAACGCAGUGUUGAAAGAAAAGGUCUCUGGUAAUAAGCAGUAUUGUUGGAAUAUUAGAGUAUCGCUAGAAACAUAUAUUCUGUACGCUUUAAGAGAAGUACUGCUAAGAUCAUUAUCCACUUGUACCGCUGUAGAAGAUGCGUGCUUGAACAAGAUCAUCAGGAAUCUAGACGGGAUUCUACUGAGCGAUCUUCGAAUACGCCCGGACCUGGAAUCUCGCGUCCACGGAGGAAAGAUGGAACUGUCACGAUUAGAUUGCUUUGUGACGAUAUUGGGUAAAAUAGAGUGUCUCAGGAGAACCGUGAAUUACGUGUCGCGCGGAACGUCUACCGUCUCGUCUGAUGAUCUUCUACCGAUACUUGUGUUUCUCGUCGUUAAUGUCGGUCUGCCGAACUGGACAGCACAAUUAUUUUUCAUGAGACAAUUUCGUUUCUCCACAGACUCUACUUACGAAGCGGACGAAACCUGUUUUCUGGUAACAUCGUUGGAGGCUGCGAUCGAGCACAUCAAGUCCGGAGUGAUCUGCGAAGUAGACAAGUGCACGAUUAAUCCGGAUAAAUAUAAUCAACUGAUAGACGAAUCGGAUCGCUCGUCUGUCAAUUAUCUGUUCGCGUGUAUCAAGAACGGCAAUCUAUCCGAAGUGGAGAGGAUACUCACCUACGAGAGAUCUAAUCAGGAUGAUGAGGUCGUGCUUUGCCAUCCUUUAUGCACCUGUGCGUCCUGCGAGCGGACAUGGACGAAGACUCGAGAGCCAAAUACAUGUCCUAAGGACGACAGAGGUCGAACUUCGUUGCACAUCGCGGUAUUACACGAUCAAUUAGUGAUUGUGGACUUUCUUCUGGAUCGUCGUACAGAUAUAAACGUCACCGAUUCCGAUGGUUCAACGCCCCUUCACUACGCCUGCGUCAAGGGCCACCAGAAUAUUCUGCUGCUGUUGCUGCACGCCAACGCGGAUCCCACGAUGACGGAUUCGCAAGGGAAUACACCGCUGCAUCUGGCCGUGGACCGUGGUCACGAGAGCUGCGUGAAGGCCUUGCUGUACCUGUCGGAACACAUGAAGGUCUCGGUUAAUGCAAAUGCCACGAACGACAACGGCGACACGCCGUUGCAUCUCGCGGCCAGAUGGGGUUAUCACGCCAUCGUAGGCAUUCUCUUGGAAUACGGCGCGAACUGCGGGUCGACCAACAGGAAGGGUCAAACAUCGCUGAUCGCUACGUAUAACGAGAGCAUCGCCGAGUUGCUUAAACGCUCCGCGAGCGACAUUCGCAGCGACGUCGCUCUGUCCCAGAAGAAACACGUGACUCUCGCGCAGUCCCGUAAGUCGAUGCCAUUUCAGCAAUGUCGUUGGGCCACGAUAGACAACUUGGAGAGCUUACCCGCGUCGCAUCCCAAGAACUGUGCCAAUGCGCAGGAUCGCAUGAUGGAUAAACUGCUUGCCGCCAUAGUCGACGGUGACGUGUGCCUGGCCUGUUACUAUCUGGGAUUGGAGGUUUAUCGAGGCGAGCGGCUACCGGGUUCUCGCACCAGUCUGUGCCACCAUCCGUUGUGCGACUGCGAGCGUUGCUCGGCCCUCGGCGAGCGCAAAUUCGUGCGCGAGCGAAGACAACGGGCGCUCGCGAUCAACUCCUGCAACAGUCUUGGUGAGACUGCGUUGCACGUAGCCAGUGCAACCGGUCGCGACGAAAUGGUACAGCUGCUGCUGGAUGCUGGUGCGAACGUGAACGCGAUGACCAAGUCGGAGGGUCGUACCCCGCUACACCUGGCGUGUCUCAACGAUCGCGUCGACGCGGCGAAGUUACUGCUCAACUGCGGUACCUGCGACCUGGACGUCAAGGAUCAUAACGGCGACACGUCCCUUCACCUGGCGACUGUAGCUGGCAACGUGAAACUCGUGGGUCUGCUGGUGAGAUACGGCGCAAACACGAAUGCUCGUAAUGCCCAGAACAAGUCGCCGCUGCGGCAGCUGGAGGAGCUGAAGCUGUCCGUCGUCUUCUCUGCAAAUCAUGCUGGUAUACUGAAGAUUCUGAAACAAAACACUCAGCUGGUUAGCGAUUAGUUAUAAGUCAUGCCGGUUUUCUAUGUCCGUGUCUUUUACUUACCUCAUAGAUAACUUAACUACAAGUAUAACUUUUGACGUAGUAUAUACACAAGUUCUUCAUGUGAUACUCCAUUACGGUAGAUAAAGGAAGAAAUGUCCAGUCUCUCUCUGCUACUUGUUGCAGUAGCUAAAAAUUCUAAAGCAAAAAACUCAGAUUUUUAUACUAGAUGAGCGAUUUUGUAUUUCUAUCUAUUUUUUUGUAUUCUCUUUUCUUUUCUUCUCUCUU